UGUGUCCCCGCGGCAGCAAGUCCAUUUCCCGGGGCGGAGGCCCCUGGGUUUUCCUGUUACCAGCACCAGCCGUGUUAGGCGUUUCCUGAGCUGCUCGUACCCCUGCCCCCCAUCCCCCGCACGGCCUCCCCGGUCCUGGAGCCCCCCCUCCCGCCUUGCCGGGGGUCGUGGGAUUUUACACGUAAUGUUUAGGCCACAGAGCCCAGCCUUGUGCUCGCUUCCUCCCGUCAGACCCCAUCUAGCCCCCGGGGGAGUCUGGGGUGAGGCGUUGGCUUCCGCGUUCACUUUCACCCCUUCCUUCCACCUGCCCUUUCCCGGCGCCCUUCGCGGUGGUACCCAGCAUUGCGGCCUGUUCUGAACAGUGGGCAUGUGGUUCUCAUGUUUACUCGGGGUAAUACUUGCGAGAAAACUGUCAUUGAAGAAAUAAAAGUGGCCCAUCAGCUACUGACCCUUGUGCUCCGCAUCUUUGUUCGUGCUGGCGGCUCUGGGAGCUCUUGGUGUCUUGUGAGGCCAUAAGCUUCUAAUGAGGCGCGUGUUUUGCCUCAGGAGGAACAUGUUCUAGCUGAAACUUUCAUUCAUUCAUUCAAACCUUCCUGAGUGGAGGACCUCGGAGUAAACGUGAACACGGGGUGAGAGCACUGCUCUGGGGCGCGCAAGCUGGACAGGAAGGUCUGCUGUGACCGAGGCUUCACUCCCUGGCCGGGGCCAAACUCCGGCCUCAGUCUUGAUGGAGCUGAGACUUAACCCCCUGCGCCACCCGGGAGGCCCUUCCCCUCUUCAUCCCACUGCCAGUGCCUCCGCUUGGUGGCCCUGGUGUCCGUGUCUGCUGCCUGCCGUGGAGCGGUGGCGGGGGCUCUGUGCCCCUUUUCUUCCCUCCUGGAACUUGACGGCAUUUUGUGUUGUUAACCUAGCUGAGAGAAGUGAUGAAAAAUACAGUAGUGGUAAGAGAACUGUGUGGUAUGUCAACAUGAGGGACGAUGAGAUACCAAAUAAAAAUAUACACAACUGCUGAAGAGUGUUACAGGGAAUAAAGUGUAACUAACAUGGACUUGUAAAUGUUACAUUCCCAGAAAAGUAGGACGAGCACUAUAUAAAAAGCCACAAAAGCCCAUCCCACAGCUGCAAGUGGCCUGGCAGAAGCAUUUCAUGUAAAAUUUUGCUGUGUCUUGCCCCAGCAGCUGCUUGUGUUAAGGCCACACCUGAAGCCACCGCACUUCUUCCCCGAAUGAGUGACGACUGUCUCUAAUAGACGAGGAAUUUCUCCUUAACCGCGGCACCUCGUGUGUCAAUAAAGCCGAUCUCUGUGUGUUCUCCAGCACGAUACAGUCUUCGGUUUUUCCUAUUAGAUGUUUUGAAAGAUUUGUUUAAAGAAUUAGGAAAUGAUUUAUCUGUUAUCACAGUGCAAUGUUCUCAUUUAUAAGAACCAAAAAUGUGGUUUUUCAGGUAACCCAAGUAUAUUUCUCCUCUAGUUGGUCUUCACAGAGCUGCUAUCCCACAGCUCCCAGAACUUGGAAUUUCCUGAGCCAUUAAAACAAAGGGGGCAUCUUUUGUCUCCCAACUGACCGGACCCUUGGAAUUUCCUGAGCUGUUGGAGCAACAGGGGCAUCUCUAGCCUGAUGUUUGUUCUCUUGUCCUCGGUUCCCGAGAAAGCUUCAGAGCCCUAGACGGAUACAAGCCGUGAGUCCUGUACGUUUCUCAGCAGUAGCCUUUCUUCUGUCCCUUCGCAUGAAGCCAGAGCCGUGUACACCGUCCUGAUACUGUGCAGGAUCCGGACGCCGGUGACCGCGGACGCCGUGCGGAGCGGUGGGCGCCGCGCAGGUGGGUCUGACGCCCGCGCAGUCCGAUGGCAGAGGCCGCGCCGCGGGAGCCAGCUCAGGGCGGCGUGACCUUCGAGGACGUGGUGGUCUACUUCUCCUGGGAGGAGUGGGGGCUCCUGGACGAGGCCCAGCGAUGCCUGUACCACGACGUGAUGCUGGAGAACUUCGCGCUCGUCACCUCGCUGGGGUGUUGGUUCGGAAUGGAGGACGAAGAGGGAGUUUCCGUGCAGAGCGUUUCGCUAGAACAGAUGUCCCUGGGCAGGACGCCCCCGUGUGAGAAGUGCGUCCUGGUGGGGAGAGACGCUUUGGAGCUGCCGGAGUACCAAGGGUCGCCCCCAGGGCAGAAGCCCUCCACCUGGGAGGCGUGCGGAAAGCACCCGUGGCUCAGCCCAAGCCCUGGCCAGCACCGGAAGCACAACGAAGAGAAGCCAUUCAGGAGCGAGGUGGAGAGGGCCUCGUCGGGGACCAGCUGCCAAUUCCACGUGCCGGACGGCCCCUUCACCCUCGGGGAGGUCGGGAAGGACGUCCUGGCCAUGUUGAGUCUGCUCCAGCAUCAGGCCUCUCUCAGAGGGGCAGCGCCACACAGCGGCUUCACGUGCUGGGAGGCCUUUGAUCCCGGGAAAAGUCGCCACAAGCUCAGUGAAUACGGGAAAUCAUUCGGCUGCGAAUACACACUGUGCCAGCAUCAGCAGCCUCCCGCGGGAGAAGGGUACUGUGAAGGCUACUACGCCCGUGCCGACGCGGAGAAACCGUUUGACCAAAGCUCCGUCCUCCGCAGCUGCCAGAAGGUCAGCGCAGCAGCGACGUCUUACGAGUGCAGCGAUUGUGGGAAAUCCUUUAGCCAAAGCUACAACCUCCUUCAGCACCAGAAAAUUCACAAUGGAGCAAGGCCUUACGUGUGCAGUGUCUGUGGGAAAGCCUUCACCUACAAAUUCAGACUGGCCCAGCACCUGCAGAUUCACACUAGAGUCAAGCCUUACGUGUGUAGCGAAUGUGGGAAAUCGUUUAGCUACAGUUCCUCCCUCAUCAAACACCAGAGAAUGCACACUGGAGCAAAGCCUUACAAGUGUGGUGAGUGUGGGAAUUCCUUCAGCCAAAGCUCCAACCUCAUUCAACAUCAGAAAAUCCACAGUGGAACAAGACCUUAUAAAUGCAGCGAAUGUGGAAAGACCUUCAGCUACAAAUGCAAACUCGCCCAGCACCUGCGGAUUCACACUGGAGAAAGGCCUUACGAGUGUCGUGAGUGUGGGAAAUCCUUUUGCCACAGCUCCACUCUCAAUCAGCAUCAGAGGAUCCACACCGGAGCCAGACCUUUUAAGUGUGAUGACUGUGAGAAAUCCUUUAGCCAGAAGUCCAACCUGAUUCAGCACCGGCGGGUUCACACAGGAGAAAGACCCUAUGAGUGUGGAGAGUGUGGGAAAUCCUUUAGCCAAAGCUCCCACAUCAUUCAACACAGAAAGCUUCACACCAGAUAGCAACCUCAUGAAUGCAGCAGCUGCGGGGAGACCUUGAGCCGGCGCCCUGCUGUCCGUCAGCCUGGAAACUUCCCAGCCCAGAUCUACGCUCGUCACGCAGCAAACCGGGGGCAGCUUUCCUCAAAACACCUAAUCUCAUUCCGCCCCAGGAUGUCCGCGCGGGGGAGAGGCCGUACACCUGCAGGGAGUCAGUCUGGUGAGGGAGCCCUCUGCCGGAAGUGGAACCUUCCAUGACUGAACUGCGCGUCCGCUGCGGGAACUCCCCUGCUGUAGGUGUGUGGAGCCUCGCUGCGUUCUGCCUGCCGGUCCCCGUGCCUGAAAUGGCCCUGCAGACGCCACCUCGCAGGUGCGGUCCGCGUGCCGGGCACCCCGGGGUGAUCGGGGAGGGCGGCCGUGUCUGUUGCCUCUUCCGUUCCCUGGAGAACAUCAUGAAAAUUCUGGGACUUGCGGGUGGCAGGGAGGAGGCUGGUUCCCUCCUCCCUGACUCAUUAGGACGGGAUCCUGACGCAGGCUUGGCCGAGACCAGUCUGGCUACUGCUGAGUGACUUGACACAAAUGUUUACCUUCUUCCAGUCCUAACCUGCGUGGUUGCCACAGGCCUCCUGGGGCCAGCGGCGGGCUGUGGUCAGGAUGUGUGCUCCAGAGGCCAGGAUUUCUGUGCGCCCAUGGUGACCCUGACGGGGAGGGUGUGGUUGUCAUGACAACCUCUAGUGCUUCCUUGAGAAGUAUAAAUUGGUUCCCUUUUCCCAGGGAAGUCACGUAAUGCUGCGCUCUAGUGCAGGGAAGCUGUUCCCCAGGCACUUCAAAGGAAACAUGUGCCUUCGUGUCUAAAUUUUGAUUUUUUUGGUGUUAGUGGUUCUAAGACUGCAGGAGCCAGACUGAAGCCAGCGUUCGAGCAGCAGCACUGCGUGUGGUUAAGGUGCCCUGGCGCCUGCAGCGGCUGAGAGCUUGUCUCCCCUGGAGGCGCUUCCGCACUUGCUCCCGGGACGGGCUGUGCGGGGUGAGUGUACACUCCAGCCUGUUCUCUCCCCAGACAGCGGAGGCCGUGUCAGCGCGAAUAAAGCUGUCCGGUGGCCGCUGGAAAAGGAGACUAGGCUGCAGGGGGAGCCUGUCGUCCAGGCGUGUAACUUUCCCGCGCCAGCCGUCGUUUCUGAUUCACGCAGAAACGGUCUUGUCUGUCUUUCCUGCCACGGGUGCAGGGUUGCCCAGCGCCUGAGGGGAGAGAUGGUGGCGUCGCUACGGGCCUCCUCAGCGUGGUUCUGAGUAGCAGGCGUCCCAGACUUCUCUCGGAACCAUUUUUUAAAGUUCUGUUGAGGUGUAACUGACACGCUGUGGCCGCGCAGACUGCAGCUGUGCAGUGUGGUUGGGUUCCACAGAGACAGGCACCCACGGAAGCAUCGAAUCAUAAUUGAACAUAAUUCCCUUGUGCUCUUUCUGAGUCUUGCUCUCCAUUGACCACUGUUGAUUCACUCUCACAGUAAGUUAGUAUUUUAUAGACUUUUCUAUGAUUGGAAUUAAAAAUGUUUACUUUUUUAAACCGGUUUCCUUCAUGCUGCAUUCUUUUCAUUGCCGAGUACUGUUCUGCUGUAUCGUGUCCCCACCUACCUGUUCAUGGACAUUUGACUUGUUUUCCAGUUUGGGGCCAUUAUAAAUAAAGCUUCACAUGUGUGAAAAACAGAAAGGAAUGUGUGAUGGAGUCUUAUGAGCCCUUUCCAGUAUUCCAUCAUAACCCCAGGGUUCUUAACCGUGGAAUGUGUAACCACUCCUAAAAGGACUCGUAAGUCCAGUAAUUAUCACAAAAACUUUACAUAUAGUAACAAUGCCCUUUUUUUUAGCUACAGUGAGAAAUAUUUUUGAAGGCACAUUAAUUGCAUUCAGCUUCCCAAGGGUGGAACUGGCAGAGUGGUAAACCGGUUGUGUCACGUGACACAGGUCUUUAAGGUUGAGGUUUGCAGAGGUAGAGACCUGCAGAUGGGAACUCGGACAAGACUCAGCACAAGUGUUCAGAUCAAAGACGGGAAGCUGCUUUCUGUUUAUGAUAAAAGGGUUACCUCCAAGUAUGGUACUGUGAAUUGUAAAACAUGGAUGAGGCUCCAGAGAGCACGGCACAAUUAAAAGCACAAAAACAAAAUUAAGUUUUUGUGAAGCAAUAGGUACA